CGAAAGCAUCUAAAAAGGCUUCGAACUUUCUUGACCCUUUUCACGCACAUUGUCAUGGACAAAGGCUUGCUUGCAUGAAAAUUACCAUUCAGUGAAGCAUUUGUGUAGCUUUUAGGGGUGACUAUGGACACUGGUGAUGUAUUUAGAAUAAGCAGUGCAAGGCUGAGCAGCUCAAAUAUAUGGAGGAACAGUGGGAAGGAGAUCUUCUCAAGGUCUAGCAGGGAUGAGGAUGAUGAGGAGGCUCUGAAGUGGGCUGCACUUGAAAAGCUUCCAACGUAUUUGCGUAUUCGACGGGGAAUUCUCGCCGAAGAAGAAGGCCAGAUAAGAGAGGUCGAUAUCGAGAAUCUCGGAUCGAUAGAGAGGAGGAACUUGUUGGAGAGGUUGCUGAAUACAGCUGAGGAAGACAAUGAAAAGUUCUUGUUAAAGCUGAAGAAGAGGAUUGAGAGAGUUGGACUAGAUUUUCCUUCGAUUGAAGUCCGAUUCGAGCAUCUAAAUGUCGAGGCCGGAGCUUAUGUUGGAAGCCGAGCUCUACCCACAAUUUUCAAUUUCUCUGUCAACAUACUUGCGGGGUUUCUCAACUAUUUUCACAUCCUUCCUAGUAGAAAGAAACCAUUACCGAUCCUCAACGAUGUCAGCGGAAUCAUCAAGCCUUGUAGAAUGACAUUACUUCUGGGGCCUCCAGGCUCUGGCAAGACCACAUUACUUCUAGCAUUAGCUGGGAAGCUCGGCAACGAUUUGAAAUCCUCGGGAAGAGUCACGUACAAUGGACACGGGAUGAAAGAAUUUGUACCGCAGAGGACAUCGGCUUAUAUUAGUCAAUAUGAUCUCCAUAUAGGAGAAUUGACUGUUAGAGAAACUCUGGCUUUCUCGGUCAGGUGUCAAGGCAUGGGAUCCCAUUAUGGUGAGUUUGCGCUAUUUUUCUUUGUUACCAUGAUUCGAAGAGCAGUUGCAAUGGAAGGGAAGGAGACUAAUAUUGUUACUGAUUAUAUACUCAAGGUGACUUCAAGGAAAGAUCAAGAGCAGUAUUGGGCGCAUAAGGACUCCCCUUACAGAUUUGUAACCCUCAAGGAAUUUUCCGAAGCAUUUCAAUCAUUUCACAUCGGUCAGAAAGUAGGCGACCAACUUGCAAUCCCGUUCGACAAGUCGAAAGGCCAUCCAGCUGCUCUAACAACUAAGAAGUAUGGGGUGAGCAAGUUGAAGAAUUGGUAUUCUUAA